AAAUUGCAGAUUCAGGAUCUCAGACUUACCAUCCAACUUAUUCUGACAGCAGUACAAAUGUCAACUUGAAGACCAUGAGAAGACAGUUAUUUGUUUUAGAUGUAGAAAAGAAGCCUAAAGCCUAUACAGGAAUGACACUGGAUGUCUUGAAACUUGUUUUUAGUCAUGUAGAGUUGAAGGCUUCUAGGAUGAAGUAUUGGUAUGGGUCAUCUAGGGUUGAUGACAGCUUCGACGAUACAGAGAAUGAUGUCAGUGGACAAAAAAGGGGAGCAUUAAGGGAGUUAAAACUUUGGGAAGAGUACCUGAUGAGCCUUGUACGACUGAGGAAGGGAUUGGACACAGAUGUUUUAGCAGAUAUGUUGUGUAUAAGUUCUUCAACUGUUUCCAGGAUCUUUACCACAUGGAUUGUGUUUUUGCGGAAGGAACUGGAUUUUCUUAUCAAGUGGCCCACUAAAGAACAAAUAAAGGAAAAUAUGCCAAAAUCUUUUAAGUAUUUCCCUAAAACCAGAGUAGUUAUAGAUUGUACUGAAUUUUUUGUUCAAAAACCCUCAUUACCUUCUGCCCAGAGAAUCACUUGGUCAAGUUAUAAGCAUAAUAAUACAUUAAAACUUCUGGUAGGUAUAACACCAAGUGGUUCAUUCUGUUUCUUGUCAAAGUUGUGGUCAGGGGCAGUUUCAGACCGCAGGAUUACACAAGCAUCUGGGUUCUUGGAAAUGUUGGAGUUUGGCGAUGAGGUUAUGGCUGACCGUGGAUUCACCAUAAGUGAUCUCUUGGCUUUAAAGGGUGCAACUCUUGCAAUUCCACCUUUUGCAAAUGGCAGACAGCUGAGCAGUAGAGCAGUUACAAGGACAAGGCGUAUUGCAAAUGCACGAAUCCAUGUAGAACGAGCAAUAGGAGAUAUCAAAUCUUUUCAGCUACUACAGGGCACAUUGCCUCUUACUCUUAAACCCAUCCUUGAUGAUAUUAUUUUUGUUUGUGGUGCUUUGUGUAACUUGCGGUCUAAACUUGUGAAGUAAGAACUCUUCAUUUUUACCAUCUUUAAAUAUAAUUUAGGUAUUUCAUGGCCAAAAACAGCUCUCACUUAAAUAAAACAGUUAAGAUUAUCACUAUUUCUGCAAGUUGAAGACACAAUGGACAAAUAAAUUUGCAUGUUCAGAGGGGACAGACAACACUUUGUUUAAAACAAAAUUAAACAAAUAAAGAACAAGAACAUUUUUGUUAAAUACUUACCUAUCCUGAAAAACAAUAGCAUUAUUAAGAAUACACCCUCAACACUAUCAGAAAGGUGCUCUUAGAUGGUAAACAUUUCUGCUUUAAUCUCCAGCUAACCUUUUUCUGAUAAGAUUACUAGUGGAAAGUGAUAUCAGUACAAAUAAACACUUUAAGGUAGUUCAGGGGUAUAGAAAAAAAAUGACAGAAUUUUCUUAUACUUUGCCAAAAUGAAGAUUUUACUAUGCUCUUUUCAAAAAAAAUUAUAAAAAGUAUGGGUCACCUUGUUUUCUUGCUACAAGUAAAUAAACAGUUUUAAUCUGAUUUUCACCAAAAAGUAUACAGAUCGUUUGACCAUCAUAAGAAACAACUUUGUUAAGUUUCAUGAAAUUUGGAUAAGUCGUUCUCAAGUUACGGUGCGACAUGUUUACCCCAGACAGCCGCACAUUUGUAUACCAUAAUACGCCCAGUCAAAAUUUUGACGGGUAAAAAAAUGAAAUUUCUCUAUAUGUCCAGUAUAAAUUAUGUACUAAAAGAGUUAUCUCCCCUUAAAUGGCUUAUUUGAAUAAUUAGUUCUAAAAGCACAAACAUUUGGUAUUUGUUAAAAUAUUUUCGCUAAUGAAAUGCAUUACUAAGUUUUCUUAAUAUAAAAAAAAAAGUGUAACCAAUAAAUUGCAAAUUUGGGCAAAAAAAAAAAGACCGAUUAUUAACUGUGAUUGUACUAUUCAAGAUGGUGGUAUACCCCUGAACUACCUUAAAUCACCUAAGUCAUACCAAAACUUGAGGUUUACUGUCUCAAAACUUACAAAAACCAGUAUUUUAGAAUAAGUACAAAGUAUUGCAUAUGAAGUUAAUGAGCUGUGUUAUAUUUGUCAAUGAGUCAGUUGUUAAUACAAAUUCAAAUGAAGUAAAUAUAACCAACUAUACAUGUAUGGCACUGUAUAGUUGUUGAUUUACCAAAAACAAGAUUUAGGAAAAAAAUUAUCAGAUCCGGACAUUACACAAUUAUGAGCGAAAGCAACCAAUGAAAACAAUAAAGUUAACAUCCAGUCUUAUAGAACAAUGCAUAGGUAUCAUUAAAAAUGUGCUGAAUUUUCAAUAUAUGUCGGUAUGUGUACUAAUUUUGUUAAAUUUCAUAUUUACUAUUAAACCUUCAUUCGUUGGCAAAAGGGUUAAACAAUAUUAAUUUAAGUGGGUCAAGUGUGUAUAUCUGAAUAGUUAUGAUUUAUCUACUUGGAUUUAAAAAUUUUAGGAUUAAUUCAAAAAGUAAAUUUGGUACAUUCUUAGCUAAUUAAAAAAGGCACCAACCGAACAAGCUUGACAGUAAAUUAAAGGAUGUAACAGGGUAAACAUAAAUGAAGCAUCAACCCAACAAACAUAAUUAGAUAAACAUGAAUGAAAAGGGACACAUGUUAAACCUCAAUGAGGCAUCAAACCGACAACAAAAUUAAUACAACUUAGUUUUAAGGGCAUAUGAUACAGUUUUGAUUCCAUGAUGAAUGUUUUAUGAAAAUUUGGAUACAAGCUAUUUUUCACCUAAGCAAUUUAAAUAUGUCAGAAAAAAAUAUACCUUCAUGUGCUACUUUAAGAGACAAAAGGGGUAAAAAUUUAGACAUUUUCUCAAAAACCAGAUAAACAAUAGCAGCUUUUUGUAAAACAUUACGAAAAUCUUUAAAUAAAUAUGCUCUUAAUAAGUACAACAGUUCCUUGGAAAUAAUUAAUUCAGAUUUUAGGGAAAAAAUGGAUUUUUUUGCAGUAUAUUUAUCAAAUCUAAAAAAAUGAAUGUUGACUUUUCAUUUAAAUUGGUACAAAUAAUCUUCAUACGUAAUCAAACCGAAUGAAUAUGCCAUUGUAAAGAAGAGGGGCCUUUCUACUCAUUUCCAAGUUAAGGUAGAUAGGGGGUCUAAAUUAAAAUCCAUAGAAUUUUUUGAUAAUUUGUCAAAAGGCAGUUCAUAUCAUGCUUUUUCCAAAAAUAUAAUAAAAAGUAUGGGUCACCGGGCUUUUUUUCACGCUACAGGUAGUGCAAAAUUUUCAGAUUUUGUAUAGAUUAUGCAUGGAAAACCCAAUUUUGUGUGAUAAAAAGAAAACUACACCAUAGAAUUUUAAGAUAAAAUAUGAGAAGAUAGCUCUAAUAAUAUGCUUUCAGAUGAGAAAAAGAAAAAAUGGGGUCACUGGACUAGUUUUCUUGCUACAUAAUAAAAUAGGUAAAUUCACAACACAUUCUAUUAUAAAAGUUACUUUAUCUGAGUUAUCUCCCCUUAUAUGGCAAAGUUGAAAAAAAAAUGAAUCAAACAAAAAUAUUCUGUUUUUUGUAAAAUACAGCCGUAAAUAUGAUAAAACACAUAAUAUUUUAUAUUAACGUGAAAAGUCUUACACAUGAAUUACAUACUACUCUCGAAAUUUGCACAUUUCUUUAAAGAUCUAGACCGAUUGUUAUCUGCUAUUUCAAAAUACAAGAUGGAGGAAGAAACCCUAGCUACCUUAAGUCAGUUUAAAUCAUAAAAAAAACAGUUGAAUCUGCAUCUUUCCCGAUAUGUCACAGUUUAACGUCGCAAAAAUAACAUUUUACGUUAGCAAAGUCAUUACCUCCCCUGUAACUGUAUCAUAUGCCCUUCAUGUCAGUAUGCAGUAUCAUCAGUAGACAUGGGUGUAUUAAAAAUUACAAUCUUUUACAAGGUUUUAAAAAUAUCAUUGUAGAAUAUCAGUUGUAAUAGGUUAUAAUAAAAAGCCUUUGGUGAGUGAAAAUUUCUCCAGUUCUAUUUGUUUGUUUUAUAUAGUUUGAAAUUUUUGAUGUUGAUGACAAAGCCAGGACAAGCACAUGGUUCUUCCUGAAUAUGCAUGAAACAAUUACCAUUGAAAAUUUAACAUACUAGACUGUUAUAAAAGCAGGAAUUACUCUUAAUUAGGCAAGGUAGAAAUCACACAUAGUCUGAAAACUGGUCAGUGCUUUCAAAAAUUUGGAAGAAAUCUAUUGAAAAUUGUUAAAAAUAUACUAAAAUACAUAAAUUCAUACAUCUAGCUAAGUGAACACACCACCCAGAAGAAAAUUAAUCUUUUGCUUGAAAUUAAUUGUUUAAGUACCAAUAACCAUUAUUUUGAGUUGUAUAGUAUUUUGGAAUGAAAAAAAUUUAAUAGAUAUCAAACUAAUAUUUAGUAAUGACUUAUAGAUUCAAAUAUAUAAGAAAAUAUUUAAAGUACCCAUUGACCAAUUUUUAGAAGACUUAUUUUUAUUAGUUGUCUUUACUCACUAUUUCUAGAAGAAAUGGUGCAAUAUAAUCUGUAAAGAAGUUUUGCAGUUUCACCAGCAUUCUGUUAAAAAAAUCUUCAUCAAAGCUGACUUCUACAUGUUCUAUUCCAUGUUUGGUGUAGAAUACCAAAUCACACUUUCUCAUCUCCAUAAUUCCCAUUUGUCCUUGCACUUGACAAUAAUACUGUGAAGAAAAAUCAAUUUGACCAUCAGAAUUAGUUUUCAUGUGUAAUACAGAUUUAGCAGAUUUGUUUCUUAGUGAAAACGGACACUUAAUUUCAAUAAUCUUACUCUCAUGGCAUUUACAAGUGAUCACUCCAUCUGGACUGCAACCUAUACAUGGAUACUUCGGAUUUA